AUGUCAUCGUCAUCGGAUGCAAACAUCAUCGCCUUGUUGAAUAAUACUACUAUUCAAAUCAAUCGUUAUUUGACACUAUUUAUUUUUCUUUUCGGAAUUAUUGGUAAUGCUUUAAAUACACUUGUUCUUUCACAACGUCCUGUCCGAUCAAAUCCUUGCUCAUACCUAUUUCUUGUCUCAUCAAUUGCUUAUUCUAUAAGUAUUAUUUCUGGCCUUGUUCCUCGAUUUUUAUCUACUUGGAAUGCUGAUUUGACAAAUACAAAUCCGAUUCUUUGUAAAAUUCGUAUCUUUAUCUUUUUCAAUUCAUUAACUAUUGCUUUUUGGCUUAUCAUGUUGGCUACUAUUGACCGAUGGCUUUCUUCAAGUAUCAAUGCGAAUCGUCGACAAAAAAGUUCAUUGAAGAAUGCGCAACGUGGUAUAAUUUGCAUUAUGAUUGUUUCAACUAUUAUUCAGAUACAACAGCUCGUUUGUUUUGAAGCCAAUCUUACCAAUGCUCCAAUUAAAUGUUAUACAAAAACAGUAGCAUGUAGCAUCUUAUCUGACAUGACCUUUGCUUUGAUUACAGUUCUGAUUCCAUUAUUACUUAUGUUCAUAUUUGGUCUGAUGAUUAUCUCAAAUGUACGUCAAACACAAGCUCGUCUACGACCAGUGAACAUGUCGGUUGAUAGUAAUGAGGGUCAUAAUUCAACCACAAUCGGCAUUGGUCGUCAAAACCAACAAAAGAAAAGAGAUCGACAAUUGUUAAAGAUGCUUUUAGUCCAAGUUCUUGUCAUUCUUGCAUUUACUCUUCCACUUGCUUUAUCAAAAUUGUAUACAACAUUCACAAGAAACACAUACAAAUCACCAUUACAAAAUACGAUUGAAAACUUUAUCUUUAAUUUACUGCUUGUUCUUGUAAACACUGCUUCCGGUAUGCCAUUCUAUAUUUAUACGUUGACUGGAGGAAGUAUAUUUCGAAAAGCUUUAUUCGAUCUUGUCAAAUCAUUACGUGACAAGAUGAGAUGGUGA